AUGGUAAUUUUAUGUAUUCACAUGUUAAACAACUUCAUAACCUUUAUAUUAGGUUGGUAAAUGGUUGGACACGUGUCACCUGAGACCCUAUUGUGGUCAUUCACCUCUGUCCAGCAACUCCUAUCCCAACCUCCACGUGGUGCCGACCGGAAUACGAGUAACCUUAGCGGAGAUCGGGCAACCAACCCCCGGUGGAAACUUUGGUCGUAUGCUGACUGGGAAGGGGGGACGUACGCGGCUGUUUCCCCAUGUUAGGGGCGGCGUACAACAGCGUUUGACCCGGAGCGGGCGGCUGAAUCAUGAAACGCGGUGUCUCGCCAGCUAAAUCUAAGACGGCAACCCCGUCGCGAGACUAGCCAUCGCCACCCUAGUAAGGUAGCAUGGCAAAAACACUUUACUACGAAUAAUCAAGAAGAAGAAACGGACCGGAUCAAUCGGCAACGACCUAGGCGACAAAAAAAGGACACUGAUUGGAAACUCGGAACAUGGAACUGUAGAUCGCUGAACAUCCCGGGUGGCGACAGGAUCCUACUGGAUCAGUUGGAACCUUGUCAAAUCGGCAUCGUAGCGCUGCAGGAACUUUGUUGGAAAGGAGAAACUGUACGGAGGACGUGUGGCCGCAGGGCCCAGUACUACCAGAGCGGCGGCACAACAAAUGAGCGGGGUACCGGCUUUAUUGUGUUGGGCAAGAUGCAAAGUCGUGUGAUCAAGUGGCAGGCGAUCAGCGACAGGAUGUGUGUAUUGAGAGUUAAAGGCCGGUUCUACUAUUACUCCAUCAUCAAUGUGCACUGCCCGCAUGAAGGAAGACCCGAUGGCGAAAAAGAAGCCUUCUACGCGCAGCUGGAGGACGUCUACGAUGGCUGCUCGCAGCGGGACAUCAAGAUCGUCAUCGGGGAUUUGAACGCUCAAAUCGGAAGGGAAGACUUGUAUAAACCGGUGAUCGGACACGAAAGUCUGCACACCGAAACGAACAACAACGGCCAAAGAUGUGUCAACUUUGCAGCUUCCCGAGGAAUGGUAGUCCGAAUUACACUUUUCCCCCGCAAGGACAUCCACAAAGCCACUUGGAAAUCACCUGACCAACAAACAACGAACCAAAAUGACCAUGUGCUCAUUGAAGGACGAUUUUUCUCGGACAUCACCAACAUACGCACCUACCGAGGUGCGGACAUUGACUCGGACCACUACUUAGUGGCGGUUUGUAUGCGCUCAAAACUGUCGACUGUCUACCAGUCACGACAGAGCCGAUCCCUGCGACUCAACAUCAAGCAGCUACGGAACCCGCAAGCUGCCGAAGUCUACGCACAACAGCCUGAAGCGGCACUACCCUCGGCAGAGGAGCUCGGCGCAGCUUUUCUCGAGGAUGGCUGGACCAUGAUCCGCAUGGCCAUUAGGGAAUCCGCGACAACGACACUAGGAACAGAGGCGCCGAAUGGCAGAAACGACUGGUAUGAUGGGGGAUGCCAGGCAGCGGUGUCAGAAAAAAACCGGACCUGGGUGAAUCACCUGAGGGUAAGGACGAGAGAGAACCUGGUCAAAUACAGACGGGCAAGGAACGACAUGACCACGAUCCUGAGACGUAAAAAGCGCCAGCAAGAGGAUCGUGACCAUGAAGAGCUAGAAGAGCUGUUCACUGCUAAUGAGACGCGAAAGUUCUACGAAAAGGUUAACCAAUCCCGUAAAGGCUAUGUGCCGCGAGCCGACUUUUGCAAGGAUAUGGAAGGUAAUCUCAUCACGAACGACAGCGAGGUGGUCGACAGGUGGAAGCAGCACUUCGAUGAACAUCUGAAUGGCGAUGCAACAAACGGAAGUGGAACUGGAACGGACCUGGGAGUGCCAGCAGUAGAUGACCGAGUAUUAGCCCCCGAUCUCCACGAAAUUCAGCUGGAGAUUGGGAGGCUGAAGAACAAAGCCACCGGCAAAGACGGCCUGCCGGGCGAGCUCUACAAACAUGGUAAAGUAACGCUUGCUAGAGCACUACACUGGGUCAUUUCCAAGAUCUGAGAAGAGGAAAAACUGCCGGAAGAGUGGAUGGAGGGAGUAGUCUGCCCCAUCUAUAAGAAGGGCGACUAGCUGGAGUGCUGCAAUUAUCGUGGCAUUACGCUUGUCAACGCUGCAUAUAAAAUACUCUCCCAAGUUCUAUUCCAACGUCUAACACCUUUAACAAGGAGGUUCGUGGGGCAGUACCAGGCGGGUUUCAUGGGAGCCCGCGCAACCACGGACCAAAUUUUUUCAAUCCGACAGAUUUUACAAAAAUUUCGUGAGUACAACGUGUCCACGCAUCACAUUUUUAUCGACUUCAAGGCAGCUUAUGAUACAGUUGAUCGAGAACAACUAUGGCAGAUCAUGCACGAGAACGAGGAUAUCUUCCCGGAUAAACUGACGCGGCUGAUCAAGGCUACCAUGAACCGUGUGAUGUGUUACGUGCGUGUCUCGGGGAUGCUCUCGAGUCCCUUCGAGUCAUGCCGAGGAUUGAGACAAUGUGAUGGACUCUCUUGUUUGCUUUUUAACAUCGCCCUCGAAGGUGUUACACGAAAAGCGGGCAUCGACACGAGUGGUACGAUUUUUACGAAACGGGUUCAGCUUAACGGCUUCGCUGAUGACUUCGACAUAAUAGCACGAAACUUUGCGACGGUGGAGGAAAUCUACACCAGACUGAAAGCGGAAGCUAAGCGCAUUGGACUGCUGAUCAAUGCGUCGAAAACUGAGUAUAUGAAGGGAAGAGGCUCCAAGGAGAACAAUGUCAGCCUCCCACCCCGGAUCACCGUAGACGGCAAUGAGCUUGAGGUGGUAGACGAGUUCGUGUACUUGGGAUCGCUGGUAACCGCUGACAACAACACCAGCAAGGAGAUCCGGAGACGCAAUCAAGCGGGAAAUCGUGCCUACUUUGCAUUUCGUAAGACGAUGAGAUCCAAUCGAGUGCGCCGCCGUACAAAGUUGAAACUGUACAAAACACUAGUUAGACCGGUAGUCCUCUAUGGGCUAGAGACGACAACACUGCUCUCAGAGGACCUCAACGCCCUUGGAGUUUUCGAACGGAAGGUGCUGCGAACCAUCUACGGUGGAGUACAGACUGAAGACGGAGAAUGGCGUAGACGCAUGAACCAUGAGCUGCACGCGCUGCUAGGAGAGAUCCCCAUUGCACAUCUGAUCAAAGUUUACAGAUUGCGAUGGGCCGGACACGUCGCAAGGAUGCCGGACGACAACCCGGUUAAAACGACCCUUUUCAGUAACCCCUCCGGCACCAGAAAUUGAGGAGCACAGCGUACACGAUGGCUUGAUCAGAUUGAAAGUGACCUACGAGUGAUAAGACGCCUGGGAGCAUGGCGCCAUACAGCCCAGAACCGAGUUGAAUGGAGACGACUUCUUGAUACAGCACGAGCCACCCCGGCUCUAGCCUGCUAGGUAAGAAUUUUAUUCAGAGAUUUUUCGAAAAUUGCUUCUCCUGAAAAAUUUGCUCGAUGGCACAUAGACCACUCUGUUCCGCAACGGCUCAAAUGCAUGAAGAAAUAAAAUCAUAAAUGACGUGAACCACGAAAAACAUGGCGCGAACCAGGAUCAAAAUCACACGUUUGAAAGUUUGUGGUCUAAUAAGCUUCUGUACUGGUUAGUGGAACAAAAUGGACACAACUGUGCUAGAUGAUUUGUGAGCUGACAGCUUUUGACAUCAAAUACAUGAAAUUUUGAGUUGUGUUAGUGUUUCCUUCAACCGAUGAUAUAGAGGUGUAUUUACUGGUACACAAUGUACUUUGUUUGGAGAUAAACACUCUGGCGAUACACUACGGUUUCCAAAGAAUCCGAUAGUAACAAAGCUACGCAUGGACUUUUGCUGUCUUUCAGCAGAUUAUUUUACUACCGAAAACACCAGACUUUGCAGUGUGUUCAUUACGAGCGGGAUCUGUACGUGGCCGCAGCCAACGGGAAGCUGAGACCUAUACCUGGUGUGCUUCAAGAUUUCCAAUGCCAAACUCAAGUGAAAGAAACCAGUACGAGAGCACCCGAAACAAAUAAAAAAACCUUAGCGGUUGCUGUAAUUGUACAUAGCUUUAUCAUAAUUUGACUAUGUUUUCUAUUGUAAAUACAUCAAUUCUACAUUAUAUAUCAUUGUUUAGAACAAUAAAAAACACUCUGUUUGUCAUUUUUACGAUGAAAAGAGGGGUUGUGAUGUAUCUUCACAGCCAUUUUUAUGCAUUCAGAAGUCACUGACAAUGUUUUUCAUGGUAAAAUUGUUGCGGGUGGUAGAUUCAACAACAAAAGACGUUAGGACUGCUACUGCUGCUGAACUACUGCUGCUGCUAGGACUACUGCUGCUGCUGGGACUACUGUUGCUGCUGGGACUAUUGCUACUGCUGCUGGGACUGCUGCCGAUGAUGAAUUGUUGCCUCCAAUCUGUUCUGUGGAAACUCUUCACAACAUUACAGUAUGGUCCAACGAUCAACUAGAAGGUUCAGAACGGUUCAAAGGGAUCGGUAGACUUGCUUCAGCGGGAAAGCCUAGACUGAUACGAACGAUUCAGCGAUUACGACAUCGAUCGGGCAAGCAAACCUACACCAUUGAAAUGCGGCGCACAUAUACAUAAACGAAAACAGAUAAAAUAAGUUAAAUUAUAAUUAAAUAUAUUGUAC